AGCUUGUCAUCGGUUACAGAGGUAGACGGCGAGCGCUGCCAAAUUGCGUCGCUCUCACUUCAUGCCAAACGUCACCGUUGCUGUCACAGAUGUCAAAAAGAGAGUGGCAGUAAUACAGUACUCAGAGAGUUGAAAAUGAUGGACACACAGCGUGCUUUGCUGGCAGUGGAGCGGCUGCAGCAGAGACUGAAGAAGAGGGGAGAACUGCCUGCUGAGGAAAAACUCAGUCUGCUCAAGAGUGUCUUACAGAGUCCCCUGUUUCACCAGAUACUCAACAUGCAAGAGACUGAACAACAGCAUGAGAAACAACAGGUUUCCCCCAGAAUGCCUCCAUCUCAGUCUAUGAGUGAUGAUGCAGAUGGUGUGAGCACUUCCCACCCUGCAUGCAAUCUGAGGUACAGAGACUCCUACCUCUCGGCCCAGCGGCGCAAUGACCGAUGUCGAUUCUUCAAUCAUGUGACUUUUGAUCCUUUCAUCACAGAGAACAUUUCAGUGCUGCAGUCCAUGGCCCAGGGUCGGACUGUGCUUAGUUUUGACCUGGAGAAGAGUGAAAGUGCUUUAGGCAUCAGCAUUAUUGGUCUGGAGACUGAAAGCAGUGGAGGUCAUGGUAUCUUCAUACAGAAGAUUCAGCGGGACUCUGUAGCAUGCAGUGAUGGACGUCUACAUGAGGGUGAUCAGAUUCUAGCAGUGAAUGGCAAGCUGUUUAAAUCCUCUGUAACACAGGAGCAAGCUGUCCAGGUCCUUCAGGAAGCUGCUUCUGUGGUAACCCUAAUUAUAGCCAGAGAACCAACACCAUCAUUCAGCCCCUCACAGAUGAGCCACACUCUUCCUAAAAAUCUCUCCGGCCUUUAUCGUCAAUUUAGUCCUCGACAUCAUAUAGAGUUGCAGAAUGACGGAUCGGGUCUAGGCUUUGGCAUCAUUGGAGGGAGGAGUACUGGCACCAUGGUUAAAACCAUCCUACCUAAUGGUGUAGCUGGAAAGGAUGGGAGAUUGCGUAGUGGCGAUCUUCUCCUCAGAAUUGGUGAUGUGGAUGUGUCCGCCAUGGGCAGUGAGGAAGUGGCACGUGAGCUCUGUCUUGCUGGUUCCUGUGUGAGACUUAUCAUUGCCAGGGAAACCACUGAUGGUGCCCUCUCACCUACCAUCGCCCAGCAACUGGACUCUCAAAAGAAACAGGAUUUAGUAGAGAAAAAGGAAAAAGAGUUCAAUGUCAGAUUCAGUAACAACAAAAAUGGUUUGGGCGUCAACAUCUCCAAAUCUCUGAAUAACCUGGACAAAGAGUCCAGUGGAUUUGAAGUAAAGAGCAUACUGAAAGAAAAUGCAGUGGAUCAGGAUGGACUAAUUCACACUGGAGAUGGCAUCAUUGCUAAAGCGGAGGAGAUCCUGCUCACUGGCCAACAAGUGGAGAUCUCUAUUCGGAGAAAGGGCUCAUCAUCUGGAACACAAACAACCCCCACAAUGUCCACAAUCUCUCAGAGACCCUUAACCCCCCUGGGUCUCCUUCCCCCUCCACUGCCUCCAUGUCUACCAGAGCCAAAGCCAGUUCUGCCCCCAAGGAAAGUUUUCUAUACUGAACGCCGGGACCUCAACUUCAACAGAGAGUGCAUUGAGUCAACGCAAACCUGUAAUUUAGAGUCCAAGAUGAAGAAUAGAAACCAGUCCUCGUUUUGCAAACUGUCUGAUGAAGAGGAGGAAAUAUUGAAGGAGAAGUGGAAAAGCAAACUGGGUCCUCAAUAUGAAGUCAUGGUGGCGCAGGUACAGAAGUUCACUGAGAGUAGUGGUCUUUGUGUGAGUUUGGAGACUAAGGAAGGUCAUCACUAUAUCUGCUCCAUACUGCCAGAGGGUCCGAUUGGACAGACAGGAAUCAUAAGGCCUGGAGACGAGCUGCUAGAGGUGAACAGGUUCUCUCUGAUUGGUGAGACACAUAAGGAAGUUGUGAGCUUGCUGAGGGAACUUCCUGUGAAUGUUUGUGUGGUUUGCAGUCGUCUCAUCCUACCCACAGUCGGAGAGGAAGAUGAUGAUGGUGUCGAUGUACAACUCACGCUCAAGGAGCUACUAGCAGAAUUUAAUGAAAAGGCCGAGCAGAAGUCAUUUGGGGGUCUCUUUGCACGCAGAGAGGAUGAAUGGAAGACAGAAGCUCCUGUGCUAUCCUAUCAGGCCAUGUGGGAGGACGAGAUUCAAGUCUAUGAGCUGCAGAAAGGCGAUUCUGGUCUGGGAUUCAGUAUACUAGACUACCAGGACCCCAUGAACCCAGGGCGUGCAGUGAUAGUGAUCCGCUCUCUAGUAGCAGGCGGCUUGGCAGAGAGAGAUAGCCGCUUGUUGCCAGGCGACCUGUUGAUGUUCGUGAACGGGACUGACUUGAGCCAUGCGAGUCUGGCUCUGGCCAUUCAUGUCCUGAAGAGCACUGCCUUGGGCGCCGUACGAAUCGGAGUCACCAAACCCUUACCGGAAAAUGACACUCAGGACACAGGAGCUGAUGUAAAAGGCAACUGCCACUCAGAACAUAACCAGCACGGCACUUUGCAGACAAAUUCCCACUCUCAGAACAGCAAGAUGGAGGCUGAUGCUAAACAUGUCACCAUCCCCUCAAGUGGCUAUGAGAGAACCAUAACUAUAGUCAGGGGAAACUCUAGUCUGGGAAUGACAGUGAGUGCUUUAAGGGAUGGUUCAGGCAUGAUAAUCCGCUCUGUGGUUCAUGGCGGGUCGAUCAGUAAAGACGGGAGACUGGCAGUGGGCAAUGGAAUUGUUGCCAUCAAUGGAGAAUCCACCACCGACCUGACCAAGGCACAAGCCAGAGCGAUGCUACGCAGACAUUCACUGAUCGGACCUGAUCUCAGUGUGACUUAUGUGCCUGCUGCCUUCCUGGACAUGCACAGGGCCAGCUAUGCCCAAUCAAAAGAGGAAAUAGAAUUACACAGAACAGCUACUGUCCAACCCAAGCACUCACAAAAGCUGCCUUUUACACCCCUAGAAUGUAUUUCUGAACAACAAAAUACAGUGGAUGGUAAAGGAGUGAAUGGAAAGACCCAAACUGAAGAAGAGAAUGAAGGAAUAGAUAACCACACUCAAAUUAAACAAAGAGAAAGCAAUGAAAGACUGGAAAGAGACAAAAAGGUGAUGAAUGAAAGACCGGUCUUGCAGAGUGAGAAUGGGCAAAGACGAGGGAGAGAAAAAGACAGACAAAAAGAUGAAGAAGAGACGCAUGGGAAGGAUGGUAUUUCAUGGAGUGAGCCUAGAAGAGUAACAUUAUUCAGGGCUGGGGGCACGUGUCUUGGCUUCAGUGUGGUGGGGGGUCGUGGUAUGGGCAGUCGACUGAGCAAUGGAGAAAUGAGACGAGGCAUCUUCGUAAAACACAUCGCAGAGGACAGUCCAGCUGCACAUGACAGCACUUUGAAAGAAGGAGACCAAAUUCUUCAGGUUCAAGGUGUAGAUGUGAGUGAUUUUACUCAUGAAGAAGCCGUAGAGGCGAUCCGUAGAGCAGGAGACAAAGUAGAACUACUAGUACAGAGUCCUCAGUUUUCAGCUCCUGACAACUGCUCUGAAGAUGAAAAUGUGUCAAAAUUAAAUUCUCCAAAUCAUCAGGAUCCCGAGAUCCCGAAUAAUCUCUCCCCAAUCUACCCCUUCAGUCUCAUCCCCUUUAAGCGUACAGAAGACUGGCAGUUGGGGAAGCCUCCACAUUUAGCUCCCCCCCUCCUGAAACUGCCCUCUAGGCAAGUCGACACAGAAACAGAUGGAGUGCAGAGGGUUCCAGAGAGACCACCCCUGCCAGAAGAGGCUGCACAUCAUCACAGCGAGCAGCAGCAGGCCUCUUACUGGAACCGCAUGCAGCAGAGGUAUGGCAGUCUGCCUGGAGAGCUGCACAUGUUUGAUCUGGACUGUGGCUCACACAGCUCUGGACUGGGAUUGUGUUUGUCAGGAAACAGAGAUGGAGCUCGUGGUAGAAUGAGUGUGUAUGUGUCAGAGAUCAAACCAGACGGGGCUGCUGCGGCAGAUGGUCGGGUCAGAGUGGGAGAUGAACUACUGGAGAUAAAUGGACAAGUGCUGUAUGGACGCAGCCACCAGAAUGCAACAGCAAUCAUCAACAAUGCUCCAGCUAAAGUCAGCAUUCUGCUCACAAGGAAUAAAGCUGCACAGAAACAAUUGACUACAGGACCAGUAAAGGAGAUGGACAACUGUCCUGUUGUAUCUCCUGCCAUGCAUAUUAAUAGCAUCAGAGAAGGUCAACAUUUAGCUUUGUCACAGGCCGGAAGGAUCAGCACAGAGGAUAAACUGAAGUCUCGCUCCUCAGAAAGCCUCAACAUCGGGCUUCCUGCUCCAAUCAAUGCCACAUCCAAUCAUAAGCCCUCCUGUCAUCCUGCCAGUCACAUGUCCCCCAGCCACUGUACUCCUCCAUCAUCUGGCAUUUCAUCAGCUGAUGAGAGCAUUCGCUGCGGCUCCACGGCCAAUCAGAGCACUUGCACGGGGCCUCACAGCACUUCUUACUUUACCCAAUGUUCUGUGAGCUCUGACCCCCUAACAUGUCCCAUCAUACCUGGCUGUAUAAAUACCAUUGAUAUCUGCAAGGGAACCCCAGGGCUCGGCCUCAGCAUAGUAGGAGGCUGCAAUACAGUACUGUUGGGCGAGUUGGAUGUCCCUCUUCUCUCCUCUCUCAGCACAGAUGAUUCUGUGGAUGGAAACGUGGACAUCAGAACUGUCACCGUUCAGAAGCAUGAAUUAGAGUCUGUGGAGUUGAGAUCGAGAGGCACACAGGGAGAUUCAGUGAUUUGUAUCUCCAGCCUGGACCCGAUCACACCUGCAGCACAUACAGGACUUCUGCAGCUGGGUGCCAGAGUCAUCAGCAUUAACGGUACAUCAACUGAACGCCUCUCAGUUACUGAAGCAAGUACUCUCCUGAGAAACAGCAGUGGAGCCGUCACACUGCAGGUGAUGCCAAGUGGAUGUGCAGAUGGAGCUAGUAAAGAUCGGUCAUCUUUAAUUCACUCCUCACCUGGACUCUCAGAGAAUUACAAUACCCACAAUCACCAGAGCUCUCCUCAGUUCCAGACUAUCACUCUUGAACGUGGCUCUGCUGGGCUUGGCUUCAGUAUUGUAGGAGGAUUUGGCAGUUCCCAUGGCGACUUGCCCAUCAAUGUCAAGAACAUAUUUCCCAAGGGAGCUGCGGUGGAGGACGGGCGUCUGCGUCACGGAGAUCAGCUACUGACAGUAAAUGGACAGAGUCUGAAGGGUGUCACUCAUUCUGAAGCUGUCGAGCUCCUUAGACAAACCAGCGGGGCAGUUACACUACAAGUACUCUCAAAACAACUAUCAACAUGCUGAUAAUGUCACUGUGCUGUCGAGAUGUUUCGCAUAGACCUCAAGGAGCUGAUGUAUUACUGAUUGUUAGAUUACAGCUGGAGAUUCUACAAGCUGUUUCUCAAAAAACAAAAACAAAAAGAUCCCAAAAUGUAGUCUUUUCUAAUUGCAAAAAUAUCUCAGACAACUUGUGUAACGUGGGAGAAGCCAAUAGAGACUAGUGCUAAACCACUGGUUCUCAACCAGGGGGUCUGCAGGAUG